ACUGCGUGAAUCAGAAUGAAGCUGUAUCACAGACAAACACCAUCCCUCCCCCCGUCUGCACCCUCGGCCUCCACCGGCCUGGAGCUCGCUGGUCUCGCUCCGCUGGCUUCCUGGAAGCCCCCUAACAGGAUUAAAGGGGGUACGGCGAGGUGCUGUGACUCAGUCUGAUGUGAUUUCCAUUCGUCUGGCCCGGCCCUUACUUUCCUCUGCGUCUAAUCCCUCGGUGUUCUCACCGGCGUCCGUCAGCCUCUCUAAUCUGCUGGACGGCUUUAGGAGGAGAAGCCUCGUCACUCGGACUCUGCCUGAUGAUAAACACGGAGCUGGUCCUAACGUCGGCUCAGGCUGGAGACGUGGAGUGAAUGGCCCCUCGUACUGCAGAUAUGACUGUGGAGGAUCCGGUGGGCCGGUGGGAGUCCAGUCCUGUGGAGGAGGUCAAGUUCAUCCCUGAGCCCGCGCUGGAUGAAGAGCUCCACAGCAGCAGCCAGGAAGUGAUGUGCUAUCACGGAGACACGCCCACUGCGGAGUGUGCGUCCAUCACAGACAGUGAGGAGCAGUUUUGCAGGAUCUGCCACGAAGGCCGGGCGUCAGGAGAGCUGCUGUCCCCCUGCGAGUGCUCCGGCAGCCUGGCUUCGGUGCACCGGAGCUGCCUGGAACAGUGGCUCACCGCCUCCGACAGCGGCCACUGCGAGCUCUGCCAUCACCAGUUUGUGCUGGAGCGUGUGCCAAAGCCUCUGACUGAGUGGUGGUGCUCUCCAGCCAUGCAGCAGCAGAGGAGGACGCUGUGCAGCGAUGCGGCCUGCUUCCUGUUCAUCACGCCGCUCGCGUCUCUGUCGGGCUGGCUGUGCAUUCAAGGAGCCAUGGAGCUCUACUACACCAAUGGGAUGGAGGCCCUGGGACUCCUGGUGCUCACUCUGGCUCUCAUCAUCAUCUAUGUGUUCUGGACUGUGGUUUCUGUGCGCUACCAUGUGCAUCUCUUCAAAACCUGGAAGAAGACUGACCAGAGAGUUCGACUGUGGGUUCCUGUGUCAGCGCAAACACCUAACCAGCAGGUGGCGCCCAUACACUUCCUCAGCAAAGCCAUCAACAAGGAAACGAUGGUGUAGGUGGAAGUCUGCACAGCUCAAAGGACGGAGCCCACGACCCCAUGAACUUUUAAACCACAAAAGACUCAAUGACUCCUUUUAUUUUCCUCUGUACUUUUAUUAUCCUGUGUUUUGGUGUUGGUGGUAAUGGCAUGGGGGCGCACUGGAGCAGAUCCAAACUGCUUUGUAGUCAAACACCCCCCAAAGAACUACAGAGGCUAGCCUUGGUAUAGCGUCCACAUCUUCAUUGUUAAACAGGUGGUAGUAAACACUGAAGGAUGUAAAUUCAGUCACACAGAUUCCCAACUUAGAUCUAAUGACCACCAGGGGGCGAUACCUGUGGCUCGUGGUCAGUUUAUGGACUCAGGUACUCAUUUCAGGUCACAUAUAAUAAAACAAUAAGUUCAUUUUGUAAAUGUU